CGAGAGAGUGGCAGACGGAUCGCCACUCCACACCCAGUCCUCCAGUAUCCUCUCCACCCUCUCCGUCGAGGGUCCCACGGGCGUCUCCCAACCUCACCUGUCGUCCAUGCGCGCACUCCCCGCCUCGCUCGCGUUCGCGCUGCCCGCCCUCUCGCUUCAAGCUCGGACGUUCAGAGAGCUCGUCCUAGUCAAUGUUCCUCACGGCCUCUUGCUGUACAACGCGGUCGGUCACUCGCAGGCUGGGCUGUGCAUGAGACAGCGAGAUGCGGGGGAUGUACAUGUCGGAGAGCACAGUGGCGGAUUUCGUACGUCGCUUCACAUCCGUGUGUGCUCAACGCACGCGCGCGCAGACCUGUAGCAGACAUCCAUCCUCACCCAACUCCCCCGCGCCUGCCUCUCAUCACGACGUCACAAUCGCACCCUUUAGCCCUGAGCUCACUGUGCCCCCGGUGCUCGUGGACGUCGCCUGUUUAUUCAUGGUCGGACGCUCUUCCCCGCACUGCAGCGGAAUUGGACGAUGCAAGACAUCACGGGCUGAGGACGGAGCAUGCAUAGGACAGCGGAGCGUGUGGAUUAUUGGAGAUGGCAGUCUUCCCGGCUUCAGCGCCCGCGGCCCUCAUCGACGCCGUCUCCUUAGCCAUCGUCGGACGCUCUCCCCGACGCUGCACCGGAAACCGGCGAUGGAAUAUAUCACGGGCUACAGGGCUCGCAGCCGAACGAUAACUGUACGCACGCUGCCGAAAUCGUGCGCGUACUUCAAGCUGCAGAUCCGGGGCUGGCGUUCUUCGCGGUCCACAAAUGACCAUCCGCGGUGCCCCGAGUCGGUCGCUCGACGGUCAGCGCUAUCACCGAGGAUAACAGCGCACAGGCCAGCCCUUUCCCGGAGACUCGAGUGGAUCGGAGUGGGCGUGCCAGCGAGUGGUCGUAUGCAACGUCUCGCAGCGAGAGUACACCAACCAGGGCUUAUGAACGGACGCGCCACGGCAUACGCCUUGGCUUUUAGCACACCGCAACCGCAUGCCGUAGCCAGCGAGCACACCAUGCCCGCAGCGUCCGUGGACGUCAUGCGCACAGACGCGACCUACCUCUACUCUCAAAACCGAGUCUGGGCUGCGACGCUAGCGAAGCACGAUGGGUUCCGGCGCUCAUAGCCGUGUGAUACCCGCAUGCGCGCCGUGUGCACGCGAACCUCGCGAAUCCAAAGUCGAGUCGUCUCCCGGUGCCGCGACGGUUCUUGGAGGCCC